CAUCGUCGUCCGCUGCUUGGGAUGGAUCUACGAACUGCAGGUGAGGUGAGUGUGCGUACAGUGCAGGCGUCUAUAUAUAGACAUCUGGGUCUGUUUUGUUCUUGAAAAAAAAAUACUUAGGGCGGGCGGCCGGGGCCACAAGUCAGAGAGCAAGCGGUCUGCUAUAAACAAGAGUCGAGCAUGCAAUGCAACGAGCAGCUAGCGAGCGCUAUUGCUAUACCCGGCGGCCGGCCGGAUGAGCGGCUGAGGCGCUGAGCAAGAGCUACCACUGCGCCGACAGAACACAUACACCCUCGGCUAGCUCCUGGACAUUUAUUUAAUUAAUUCGCCGCGCGCCGGCCGGAGAUAGCAGAGGCACACAUAGAUGAUCCCGUACGCGACGGCGGCGGAGGCGGAGGCGGCGCUGGGGCGCGCCAUGACUUGGGCGGAGGCGGCGUGGUUCCGGUACUCGGCGGCGACGCCCGACUACUUCCUCUACUGCCACAACGUGGUGAUCCUGCUGGUGGUGUACACGCUGGCGCCGCUCCCCCUGGCGCUGCUGGAGCUCCGGGCGCCGCCCAAGCUCACCUCGCCGUACAAGGUGCAGCCCCGGGUGCGGCUCACGGCGGCCGAGUUCCUCCGCUGCUACAAGGACACGGCGCGCAUGCUGCUCCUCACCGUCGGCGCGCUCCAGCUCGUCUCCUACCCAGCCGUCAGGAUGGUUGGCAUCCGGACGGGCCUUCCUCUGCCGUCGGUGGGGGAGGCGGCGGCGCAGCUGCUGGUCUACUUCCUGGUGGAGGACUACCUGGGGUACUGGCUGCACCGGCUGCUGCACUCGGCGUGGGGCUACGACAAGAUCCACCGCGUCCACCACGAGUACGCCGCGCCCAUCGGCUACGCGGCGCCGUACGCGCACUGGGCGGAGGUGCUCAUCCUCGGCGUGCCGGCCUUCGCAGGCCCGGCCAUGGUGCCCUGCCACAUGACCACCUUCUGGCUCUGGUUCGUCCUCCGCCACGUCGAGGCCGUCGACACGCACAGCGGCUUCACCUUCCCCUUCAGCCCGACCAAGUUGAUCCCCUUUUACGGCGGCGCAGAGUACCACGACUACCAUCACUACGUGGGGAGGCAGAGCCAGAGCAACUUCGCCUCCGUUUUCACCUUCUGUGACUACAUCUACGGCACGGACAAAGGUUACAGAUACCAUAAGCAGAGCUUAGCCAAGAUGAAGGACAUGGAGAUACACAAUGAUGAGAAUGGACGGCUUGAUGCAUUCAACGGCUGGAAGCAAGAUUGAUUAGAUGGCAACUUAAUUCACUGCCAAGUUAUAUUAGCAGUACUACUGUAGGCAGCAGCGCGCUAUUAGCUAGCGCCCAUCACGGACCACGUGGACGUCGUAUGUAUGUCCAGAUCCGAUCGAUCCAUAAAUCAUCAGAUGUAGCAUAAUAACUUAAUUUCCCAUAUAUAAAUAAUAAUCUUCUGAUCGAGAAGAUGUAUGUCAGUGGCUCAGUGCCAUGUAUGUGAUAUAUAUGCUAUAUACAUACAUAUAUAUGCUAUA